AAACACGCAUCGAGAUCAAAUUUUCAGAUAAAUUAGAAUAAAUUAGGUUAAUUUUUUUAAAGAAACUUUACGUCAUUUAUUUCUAUUUAUUUGAAAUUUUAAACGAUGUUCGAUCCUUUUAUGUGACAUUUAAUUGCUUCGCACUCCGAACGUAUUUACCGAAAAAACUUUUAAAGGCAGCUAAAUAAAUACAAAUAUCUUCUUGUCACGUGACAAGAUCGAGCGCCGUCUGGUUGCUCAGGUAACUGAACACAUGGCUAUUUAGAAACAUCGUAAAUACAAUAUUCGAAAGUCGAAAGGAGAGAGAGAGAAUUUUAUUAAAGCCGCCGACGUCAGAAAAAUGGAUUUAAAACGAAAAUUAAAAGAAGUUUGUUAGCUUGUUGGAGGCAUUACGAAGCUGCAAUGAACACAUGGGGUGCGGACCAAGUAAACCCUCCCGGGUCUCACCUCAAAGGACAUCUUUCUGCGAAGAGGAGGAGUUCGGACAGAAUGGCGACGAAGUAAACACAGUCAUGGUGAACGAAACCGGUAAAAAUUAUCCGCUGUCUCCAGGUUCGAAACACGGCGAUGUUCGGACGAUUCGAGUAACUGGCAGUUCUAAAGGGAGAAUUGGAGAAAAAUCAACACGUCCCAUGCCGGGCCCUCUAGUGGCGCAAAUGCAACGAACUCCGAGCCAAAUCGAAUUUUUUAAAACUCUAGAAGAGAAAAUUAAUCAGGGCCAAGAUCUGGAAGAAGCUGAAGGACUUUCUAUCUGAGUUUCUUUAUCUCAAAUUGAAGACAUUACUGGAAGGGGGCCACUUUUCAAUUGGUUGUUAAUGUAGAUUUUUCUAUUUCUGGCUUGCGAGCGACUGUCGUCAUGGCACGUCGCGCCCGUACCGGCGUAGAGACUUCCGCGGAAGCGGACGAAACGUCUUCGUAAAUUCUCGGGGUUAUUGAAUUUGUGGUUUUGAAACGUCCCGUUUUACAGUUUGUUUAUGUUCCAGAAAUAAGACUAAGUAAAAUUGUUUGUACUUAUUUAAUAUUCUUUAAAGAUAACAAAUUGAGUUAUGUAUACAAAAUAAUAUUUUCAUGCAUAAUUA